GGGAAAAAAAACCCUAAGGCGGCUUCUGUAAUCGUCUAUUUCAGCUUCUCCGACCUCCAUCGUGUUGUCUACCCGCCGCUUCGCCUUCCGACAAACCCAAAGACUUUGUCGGAAACUGACGUCAGCAUGCUCGAGAACCACCGUCUGAACUCCGUCUUCGUACUGCGAUCAAUCAUCCGUACAACCACCGCCGUUACCAUUAUCGCCGGUAUUCACGUAAUUGACGCUAUUAUCGCCUAGCCAACUAACUGAUCCCGUCUCUCACUCUCUCGAUACGCGUCGGUGUUUGAAGAGUUGCCGUCGAUUUGAUCUGGUUCGGUUCCAGAAUCGGGUUCUUUGUGUUGGUAGAUGGCGGCUUUAAAGGGCUAUGGUUUGUGCUACAUGGACUCUGCUCUCCAGCUUCCCUGUCCUCGUCGAUUCGAUGGCUACAAGAGAAGGAACGCAAAAUGGGUCUCCCCGAAGGCAGCUGUUAUACCAAAUUUUCAUCUCCCAAUGCGCAGUUUUGAGGUUAAAAACAGGACAAACACAGAUGAUAUAAAGUCUAUUCGGUUGAUUACAGCCAUUAAGACACCUUAUCUUCCCGAUGGAAGGUUCGACCUCGAAGCAUACGAUGAUUUGGUGAACAUGCAGAUCGAAAACGGCGCUGAGGGUGUUAUAGUCGGUGGUACGACUGGCGAAGGUCAAUUGAUGAGCUGGGAUGAACAUAUAAUGCUCAUUGGCCACACUGUCAACUGUUUUGGUGGGAGAAUCAAGGUCAUUGGGAACACUGGAAGCAACUCAACCCGGGAAGCCAUCCAUGCCACCGAGCAAGGAUUCGCGGUGGGGAUGCAUGCUGCGUUGCACAUAAAUCCUUACUAUGGCAAAACAUCUAUAGAAGGCAUGAUCUCACACUUCAAAACUGUUCUUCACAUGGGACCGACGAUCAUAUACAAUGUGCCAGGUCGGACUGGGCAGGAUAUACCCCCGCUUGUGAUUUCCAAAGUUUCACAAAAUCCCAAUUUGGCCGGUGUUAAGGAGUGUGUAGGGCACGAUCGGGUUGAAGAGUACACGGAAAACGGGAUAGUUGUGUGGAGCGGAAACGAUGAUCAGUGCCAUGAUUCAAGGUGGGAGCAUGGAGCAACUGGAGUUAUAUCAGUUACCAGCAAUUUGGUCCCGGGUCUGAUGAGGAAGUUAAUGUUUGAAGGUAGGAACCCGUCAUUGAAUAGAAAGCUCUUGCCUUUGAUGGAGUGGCUUUUCUAUGAACCAAACCCGAUUGGCCUCAACACAGCUUUGGCUCAGCUAGGAGCUGCACGGCCGGUCUUCAGGUUACCGUACGUGCCAUUGCCUCUGCAUAAAAGGCUCGAGUUUGUGAAACUGGUGGAGGAUAUUGGCCGAGAGCAUUUUGUUGGAGACAGAGACGUUCAGGUUCUUGACGACGACGAUUUCAUCCUAAUCGGCCGUUACUAGUGUUUCUUCUUUGCCUGUUUUUUGUUCUCUCUUUGGUCUGAAAUAAGGAGAUGAAUCUGCUAUACACUCUGUUUGUUUGUGGGUUUCGCUUCUGAAGAAAUCUUUCUGAUCACUUUUUGUUCUUCUGGACCUUUUGUCUGGUCUGAUAGUCUGCAAGAAAUAGUUCUGUUGUUGUUGGAGUUUGCUGUGAUCCUUAUAUAUAUGUCCUUUUUUUUAAUUA